AACAAAGUGGGAAGACUUUGAUAGUCUUUACAAUAAUUGUGGGGGAGUACAUAGCUCCGUUCAACUUCUCCCCCCUUGAACCAGCUCCUUCUUCCUCCAAUGUUGCUCCCAGUUUGGCCGGGUCUCAAUUUCUGGUACAUCCUCGGGAUCAUCUCGUCACCAUCAUGGUUCUUCUCACUUUUGGCGAUGGAUUUCUUCAAGAAAACCAGUGGCUUCGUUUCCACCUUCCUGAUUCUGACACUCGUACUUCUAUGGUCUGCCGUUAACUUCGUUGUUUCAAAGCUCUAUUUUUCAUUGCUGAGAAAUCCAAACACCGAUCGUUUCUUCCGCGACUACCUCCGUGCCGGAAAAACUUUCGGCUACGCCCUUCUGUACUUUGGCAAUGUCGGUCUCUACUACUUCUCCGAGAAAUCCGUUGCUUCCAUUCUCGCUUUCCUCUUCCUCGCCUUUUACUGUCUCUGCACUCUCUUCUGCAUCCAACCGUAUACUGACUUUGGAGUUCUAGAGUUCCUCCUCGGCGCGAGUCUGAAUCAAACAUUGAGUCUUUUCGGGCUCCGUUCAUCAUACUCGUGGCUCGUUAUAAUUUCAUGUAUUGUUACAGCUGGGAUCCGUUACCAUCUAGAACCGGUGCAUCCUCCGGGAUCAGAAGAAAUUAGCGAUGAAGAUCAACUCGAUUCAGGGCAAUUACUUCCCAUUACUAGUAUAAAAGAAGACCCCCCUCCGCCAAGUGUGUUGAAAGGAAAGGCCUCUGGUGGUGUCUUGAGGUUGAGGCUGAAGAAGGUUAAGGUUCUUGGCCGGUUGGUUCCCGGCUGCCGGAAAAGGAUGUUAUCGGUGAUUUUGGAAGAAGCGACGGAUUAUGUUGCUGCCUUAGAGAUGCAGGUUAGAGCCAUGGGUGCUCUCACCGACCUGCUAGCGCCUAGCCGUUUGCGAUCCUAAUUCAUAAGUCUGCUUCCCUGAUUUCCACAGCUGUACGUCUAAUGUAUAAGCAGUUUCCCAUCUUCUCGUGUAAAUCGGCUUGUUUGGUUAUGGACACUUUCCUUUUCCCGUACGUGGUGGGUUACCACAUGGGAUAAGGUUUUCUUUUUGCUCAAUAUAUUAUAGAGGAGAUGGCGAUUGCAUAA